CCGGCUAACAUUCACCACAGCGACACAGAUAUUAACGUUACUCAGCGGAAGCUAGCUGAGGCGAUAAAAGGGAAGAGACACGCCGUGUUGUCAGCUAUAAAAAAAAAAAGUUAGCACACUUAUUCAGUUUAAUUUAAUUCAGAUGCACUUAGCAACCAUAUAUUAGGCUAACGGUAGCUCGUUCCAGUUCCCAUGUUUACAGCGAGGCAUCACGCCGAACUCUAUUUAGAAAUGUACCAAUUUAAUCUUAGCUGACUCAUACGCGAGAUAUCCUUUACGUAGAACAUCACUUAAUACAUCUUUGGUUUUGUGUGGGGAUGUUAAUGACUUCGGCAAGAUCGGUUAACUAAUUCCUUUGCACUAAACUGUACCGCACAGACAAGUAGGGGCGUUAACCGUCAAAAACUAUGCUGAUGUGGUGCUAGUGAAUCUCCAAGUUUUUGACUUGAGUUUGGCGGGAAGCUUCUGCGCACGCUCCAGAGUUAUACGUCGCCAGGUGGUGUGACGAACAUGAAGAACACCCGAAGCACGUCACUUUAAAAACUCGGUAAGAGGAUCCGAGUGUUUAACAUAUCGACGGAUGAGUUACGACAUGUGCCGCGCGCUUGUUUUCAUAGUUAGAGAGGUCGGUUUAAAUCGUCUUCCUCCAGGAAUGACGUUGCAUCACUAACUACUGACGGGAGAUGGCCCGCAAUGUGCUGCUGUACUGGCCGAAUAUUAUUGGAUACAUCAGGAUCGGCCUUGUGUUUGCGGCAUGGCGCGCCUCUCAGACACCAGCUGUGUUUGUGCCUCUGUACUCUGUCUCCAUAGCACUGGAUGGAGUGGACGGGUGGCUGGCGAGGAGGCUGGGCCAGAGCUCCAGGUUUGGGGCCUGGCUGGACGUAGUGGUGGACAACCUGGGCAGAGGCAUGCUGUGGGGCCAGCUGUUUGAGUGGGGCUGGCUGGUGUCUGCAUUGGAGUGGUGUGUGUUUGUGUGUAACCACAGCACCAGAGGAAACCACUGGAAGAGCAGCUUCACCUGCAGCCCCCGACUCAUUCAGGCCAUCAUGACAAACGGGCUUCGGACGCCGCUGGGCACGUGGGUGGUGAGCGGGCUGCACUGCCUCCCUCUGUGGCUCUACGGGCUCCAGAGGGAUUUACUGUCUCUGCCUCUCUGGGUCCGAGCUCUGGGGACGACGCUGCUGGUCGCAGGCCGCCUGCUGGCUCUGUCAGCGGAGAUGUGGUGUUUAUGGACUCACGUUGAAUACCUCGCCAGUGACGAGCCGGAGGAGAGAAAGAACUGAAAGACAGAGUCAGCUGAUCUGCUGUUAUUCCAGCUUCUGUAUGAACAAUGAUGUCGGGUCACGUUUUGUUUUUAUUCCUCUGCUGGCGACAGUUGGAGCCGCCAUUUUGUUUUCAGGUUGUCUGUACGUCUGUGUCUUUCUUGUAAACAUGAUAUCUCAGUAACGCCUUGAGGGAAUUUCUUCACAUUUGGCACAAACAUUCAUUAGGACUCAAGGACAGACUGAGUGAUUUUUGGUGGCUAAAGGUCAAAGGUCAAGGUCAUGGUGAUGUCACAAAACAUGGGUUUGGCUGUGUGAACACAACAUAUCCAGAAGUCCUCAAGGGAAUCCUUCCACAUUUUGUAAAAACCUUCACUGAGACUCAAGGAUGAAAUGAUUAGACUUUGGUGAUCAAAGGUCAAAGGUCAAAUCCCUCUUUAACCAUUACUCAAGACUUCACAGAAAUUAUGACAAAUUUUGACACAAACGGUUCAUAUUUUAUCUGACUCUGGAUAAACAGGGAUGUGAGGAGGGUUUCAACCUUCUGUCUAGUUUUUCAAUGAGGCUGUUUUACAGGUAGAGGAACGUCAGUGAACGCCUCAUUUAAAUCAGUGAACAUGAUUGAUCUGGAUAUCCAGAUACAUGUCAAACAGAACACAGAUAUUAUAAUUUGUUGUUGAUGUGAAACUCAGUGGCUCAGAGUUCAGUUUCUCUUCAAUCAGAGAGAUGAAAAGGUUCGGACUGUUUCCUGAAUCUCCUCAGGUCAGUUUAAAGUAUGUAAUAAUAAUGUAAUGUAAUACUUCAACAUUAAACAACACAACAACUUUGUGUUGGUGAUAAGACAAAAGACAAUCUGUAACGUCUGUUUACUUAUGAACCAAAGGGAGAAGCUCAGUGUGGACAGAGAUCACUCCAGGACUGAACAGGAAGUCAGUGUAGGGGACUCAGUUUAGUGUAACACUGAUGUGAAGCUGUAGUUUCCUGUUUCUCCUGACUUACUUCCUGUGUUUUACACCUGCAGCAGGACAGAAGAAGAAUGAGUGUUAAACAUUCACAGGAGAGAUGAUCAUCGUAGCUGUAUAUUAGUUUUUACCAUGGAAAACUCAUAACAUCCAGUUUAUUUAUAUUAUUAUAAAUAUAUAAUAUUAUUUAUAUUAUUAUUAUUUCUUCACGGACCUCCAGCAGCUUUGUGCUUGUUCACCAGGGUCUGCUGUCGAGACCUGUUCAGUGUCACUGUUGAUGAUGUAAAUGUUUUGUUUCUCUGCAGCUGCAGAUUUGCUGGUUAUUUCUUUGUUGUAAUAUUUUACAGAAGGAAUGUAUUUUGUACUUCGGGUUUCUGUUUUAUAAGAGCUGUGUCUCUCUGUCAAUGUUUUAUUCAUCUAUCACUGCAGGAAGGUUAUUACUGGUGCCGUGCAAUAAAAUGCUAAAAGACAGUUGUAGGAAGUGUGGUCCUUAAAGAACCCCCCACAAUUUACAGAUGUCCCCUGAACACCUCACAUGCAGACUAUCAGUAAGUGCUACGAUUAACAUACGUUUCUUAAACACCUCACAUUCAGACUGUCUGUAGAUGCUACAAUUUAAACCUCACCUCACAUGCACUCUACUGGGCGACACUACAAUUUACAGAUGCCCCCUAAACAUCUCACAUGAGGACCAUCUGUAGACCGUUCGAUUUACAAAUGUACCCCAAACAUCUCAUAGGAACACUUAUCAGUAGAUGGUACAAUUUACAGAUGUUCCCUGAAUGCCUCACAUGCAGACAAUCAGCACUCAGCUCCUUUUUGAUGGGUUCAG